AGUCCGUGCUGGUGUAGUUGUACGGUUUUGAAAUAACAUGCAGCUCAAAUUCAUACCGAGCAAAAUGGCGGCGUAGAUGACUUCCGCAUCUUAAGUGUUACAGAUUUAAUAGUUGCACAGACAUAAAACGAAUACACACGUAUUGUUGUGGAUGAAUUGCAUUUACAUUAGACUAGACUAACUGAUUAGGUCAAUACAGCCAUGAUGUACGAUCCAGACUUCCACGAGUCAUUCAAGGCCACCAAGAUCCCUACCAAUCGCAGGGGAGAUCCAGGAACUGUCCGUCGAACUGGUAUCGUCCAGAUCGUGUUCGGGGUCGUAAUGUUUAUCUUAGGGGCCGCUGCCUUUGGCGCCGGAAUGGCUGGUUUGGUGGAGCCUGUUUAUUCAUCUAUCGGGGCUGGGAUGUGGUGCGGCAUAAUUGUUGUUUCCGCCGGUAGCAUAGGGGUUAUGGCCGCCCGUAGAGUGACCCAAGCCUGGAACAUUGCCAGCUUAGUAAUGGCGUGCGCGAGUACCAUAUGCUGCGUCAUAUUCCUUGUAAUUUCUGCAGCUUCUUUGAACGCCGAGCUGAACCCUGGGAUGGGCAAUCGAACGCAAAAUGCGACUGAUGCUUCUCGUUCAUUCACUACACCCGCCACCAGUACCCAAAAUGCAACUCUGACACCAGGAGAAAAUGAAAACAGAGGCACGGACCUAGUUGUUGAUGAUGCGUUAGGCAUCAUCGUAGCCCUGGCCACACUCGUGACUGCCGUCAUACAGGCAAUAUCCUCCUACCAGAUGGAGUCUUUCGGUCUCUCUACGAUGAUCUUCGUCAUCGGGCGUUCACUAAUGGGAUGCUGCUGCAGAAAUCAGUUUGAAGAGUCGACGGCGGGCUACGCAAGGGAGGAGGACUUUUCUGCCAAUGACCCUUAUGGGGACUUGGGGACUUAAAGGCCGACGCCGUUCGUUAAAGAGUUAGAUAUUUGUAUUUGACUUUGAAAAUUUAGAUACACACUGAAUUUGCCGUUGUGUAACAGACAUAGAAAUACCCUGUAAACCAAGAUUCAGCAAAUUUGCACGACGAGUAAUUCUUUUUCCUGACCCACGAUUAAGACAUUCAAAACCCUAUGUAUAUGUGACCAUCGUUACUAAUUAAACACAAUUCCGACUCAUGCGCGGUCAUAUUCGGGUGUGUUUUUAUCAGAACACAUACAAUCGUUAAACUCUGACAUGUAGAUUGUUGACUUGUCGAUUCUCAACAAGUUAUGCUUACCCCGGAUAUUUGUACAUUUUACUCUGAAUAAGUCAAAAUCUCUCUAUAGAAGUAAAUAUGGUGGGUCUGAACACCUAUCAGAGCCAUGUUGUUUAUUAAGAAAUUUAAGGAGAAAUCUGUAUCUUUUGUUUUUACUCAAGACUGUACAUGUAGCUCUGCUUUCAGGACAUAAGUGCUACCAGUUAUUAGUUGUAAAGCUCAAAGCCUUUUAUAUGAAUGAUUUUAUGAAAAAAAUGCAAUAUUGUCAUAUUUCAUUGUCCCAAAGUAUCAUUCAUUAAAAGCCUCAAGCGAGGUGGAAAAAAAGACCUUGAAACUUAACACAAAGCUAAGUAUUGUUUUGCAGUCCACAAAGGCCUACAAUUGGAAGCUGUCACUCAGUAAAUACUGGUAACCAUUUGUUUCAAAUGGGGUUCAAAAUGAGAGUUUGAAACAAUGCAAGGGCAACUGUAGCCCAUUAUACGUUCGAGGCGUUAUACAUGUAAUGGCGUGGUCAUGGUUUAGAAAGUCUAUUCAACCAGUGUUUUUCCAACAAUGCUGGUCUUAUUUCAAACAGGUUCAACCGUAUUACGAUUUGAAAUAAAUGGAUUGCGUGGGAGAGCGUGUGACGUUUUACGGGUGUGGAAGUAGAUAUUGCCCCUUGGAAAAAGUGUCCAGCAUUAGUGUAUUCUGGCGGAUUUUCGUAUAUGCAUAGAAGGCAUGGUCGUCAAUAGCUAAGAGAUUAAGACGCAUCAUAGCAUCAUUUGCUCGCCAAGGACACUUCAAACUUCUACACCGGCUUACAUUAGACAUAAGCAUUUGGGACGAAAAACCGAAACACUUUGGGAUGGCGGGAUUUAUCGACGCUGAGACCUCCCUGGUGCCAUAUGCAUCGUGUUUAUUUACAAAUGUCGCGAUAAAGCUGAUGACUGUAUACGAAGCAGUGCAUAGAUGACUAUUAUGUUCAUCGUCGCUGCAAUGCAUCUUUGAUACAAAUAUUACUAUGACUGAUGACUCAGACUUCUGAAUAAGGUCGUUUCAGCAGUGUCAGUUCUUGCCAUUGUUCAUAACUGAUUGUCUCACUAACUGAACUAUAAUAUUACAUGUAGAAUAACCCAUUUUUAGGGCAAAAAUGUUUCGAACCACACGUAAGGCCUCAGUCAAUCUCCCUGUAAAACAUUGACGAGUCAUGUUCAAAAUCGUUCAGGUUUUGCACUCGGGCAUUCGUUUUACGUUCGUCCUCGCAACGGCGAAUGCAUUCACGUUGAUCUCGUUUAAGAUCGUCUUACGAGAUCACGUGAUAUUACAGCCAGAGCUUGGGGUAGUUCGGUUAAAAUCCUUCCUUGAGUGUGGUAUUUAUUGUUCAAAAACCUCCGGCUGUUCGACAUUUUCCUACCAGUUUCAAAAUGGUGGCUGCCGAUUGAGUAUGGCGGACUGGAGAUGUGAAAAGGCGACUGUGGCGAAAGGGAGCCACGUGUCCGGCAAACAGGAAAAGUAUGAACUCAAUCAUGAAAUGGAGAUCGUCUCUUAUAGAGGAAACAUGAAGGCUUUGCUUUACCACAGCAAGCUAGACCUUGUUAUUAUCUUAACCACCAAUAGAAGGGGCGAAAACGUAUUCAUUUAUAAAUCUCAAGGAAAACAGUACAGGUUGAAACGAAAGUAUUUCCUAAAAGACCUCGGUGAAUUAUCUGGAGAAUAUUAUGAUAAUUUCGUUGGAGUUACGAUUGACAGAAGAAAGAUGCGAAGUAUUUAUGUUUUUGAUAUAAAAAGAGGAACAAAAAUUGCAACUUUCCUCGUACCAAGUAUAUACAGUAUACGCAAGAAUUUUCAUACUCCAUGCAAGAAGACUUCUAUAACGGGAAUUCGGGUCUUGGAUUCGACCGUCAUACUGGAAGCUGUCUGCGCGGUCCUUCCUCGCGAAGUCAAAGGAAAACGUGUUUGGAGAGUAUAUUCGUCGCAUUAUCUAUGCGCGACGUCGCGCUCCAGUCGCCGGAUAAAACUUAAUAUGUUGGAGAAAAUAGAUGGCUUGAGUAUACGUAUGGCCGGAGUUCCAGAAAGGGCAUUUGAUGACUUCAAGCUGGAACUAACAUCUUGUGGUGACAGAUGUGUUGAUGUAGCCGGGAUAAAAACUCACGGCAUUCACGUCUACGUUUACGACGUCGUUAUAGAGUAUGGCGAAAUCGAGAAGAAGAAAAAAGAAAACAUCAUAAUGAUACCGAAAGUUGAUAACAACAAUAUUGUCAUUUUCAGUAAAUCCAAGAUGGCCGUUGGGCAGAUUUUUUCUGAUUCGUACCGCCUGGUUAAAAUCCUCCCGCCAUGUUUUAGACGCACCUCGAAGAGGAACGUGUCUACACUGGCGAAAACGAGCCGAUCGUACUAUUGGUUUCUCAAUAAAAAGGAUGAUGUCGUUGCAUGGCCCAGAUACUGGACACCACGCCCUACGGCGCAGGUGCACAGGCCUUUCGCGGAAUGUGGUAGUUUGUUUUGAAUACAUGUACAUGUACAUGGAAUUGCCCAUGAAAUCAACAUUACCCACAUGCUCGCCCUCAGGUGGAAGCUCUCUGAAAUGUACGGCACUCGGUAAGAUAGAAUUCUGCCACGUCCCUGUACAUGAGGUUCUUUGUUGAUUUGCCCUCGUGUCCAGGACAUCCUGGGCAAUCUGUCAAUGCCAAGCACUGUACAUUUUCUUGAGUUUGGUCCUGAGGCCGACCUUGUGGGUAAUGUUGAUUGUUAUUGGCGAAUCCGUGUAUUCCACCAUCAGGCAUGCUUCUAUAUCCAGAAUCGAAACUCAGCACAGCUGCCCUUUCUGAUUCUUAAAUGAUUUAGACAAGCAGAAAUCCUCAUGAAGGAGCUAUGCACCUAUUUUUGCAAUGGUUGGCCCGAUUAAAGCUAAAUUUUUACCGGGUCGACUACUGAGAAAUCGGUGUGUAUUCAACAAUAGUUAUAUGUCACUUGCACCUUCAACUCAUUGAUGAAAUCAUCUUGUAUACCGAAAUCCGAGCUUCUUCCUCCGAACAUCCGUCUUUUAUGCGCAGAGUUCAAGCCACUCUAACCUUCUUAUUGAUUCCAACGUCGACGAAUUUGGUACAAACUUUGAUAGGUUUGUAUUUAGGGGAAAAUGUGAAUGCUUGUUUUUAUUUAUAAGAUAUUGGACGGGUCUCGUUGAUUUUUGUGACAAGGUAGUGCCAGAGUCUAGAACAAAUCUAUCCCCUAUACACGUGUUGAAAGAGUUCGUUAAAUAGUGAUUUCGGAGUUGAGUAUGAGUGUAGCCAACGUGCAUGAAUCCGAAGUAAAUUAAAUGAUGACCACCCCAAUUGCACAUGUCAAAGCAGAAACUUCGUUGGCGCCAGUAAGCCUUUUUCUAAAUUUUUAAAAAUAAAAAUAAAAAUCCAAAUCAGAAAAAUGGCAAUCCGCUAUUGAGAGAACACUUUCCUAGAACUAACAACCAGCCAAAAAUAACGAUGGAAUAAUUUAGCUAUGCCAUCCUUUAAAGGUGUUGUGUUGUAGAAAUACGAUGAAAGUACUACUAGAAUGUUAAAAGGCGCCGUUCGUUCUUGGAGGUCGUUUUCUUUCGUCUGCCCCGCAGGUAUCGAAAUAAAUAGUGUUGCUUACCAAUGUGGUCAACUACAAUGAAUACGCCGGUUACGGGCCACAUAAGCUCCUACGAAUCAUCUCUUAAACGAAUUUCAAAGAGUGAAAAUGCACUCUUUUCAGACUGGGAAAGUCACCCGGCUCCCCAACCAAUCACAUUUGUGGUCGGAAGCUCCGAAUUUCAACGUCAGCCAUACGCAAUUCAGAUAUUUCGCGCCAAUGAAGCACUGCGUGACACCUAUAGGUCCUAUAAUACACUUGCUAAUUAUCCAAGAUCACUUCCCCGUUGAUAAAAUGGCGAACCGAUACGAUAACAAUGUUGGCGUUGAAAGGAACCUGUCUGACGAUUGAGGCAAAUCAUCCGUUGCUACACUCGUUUUGCUGUGGAUCUAUAUAUUAUCAGCAGCGUAUCGCCCGAGCCACACGUUGCUUGGCUAGCAGCCCCUUGCAUGCAGGUGGAUUGCCACGGAUCGGAGGCUAUGGUACAGGUAGUGGUGCUCGCACGAUUUCUCGACGUUGCAGUGGUAGCCUGCGCUUGCAGUGGAAGAUGAACACCAAUAUCGUACCUUACGAAAGCAAUCACAGGGGAAACGCACAUCAGCUUUCCAAGAUUCCGGAAACUACAGACUGUCUAUCCCGGCCUUCUCUUGUGGAGCUAUUGAGCCACGGUGAGCAGAAUGUCCCAAACGAGAUCUACUUCGCGACCAUAUCCCCGGCGGAAGAGGUACGGGACGACCAAACCAACCCGUCUCUUAUCGGCCGAGCAUUCUCCCGGAACUCACAGCUCCGCUGUAGCGUGGUUCUAAUCGUGGACGGGAUCAUGUUCCUCCUUCUGAUGAUCAGUAUCAUCGUACUCGGACUCCCUACUGGGAGCUACCUUUUCAGGCCCCGGUACGCUGCGUCAGUGAUAUGCGCCGGGGCUGGACUAGGGAUGGUUCUCAUUGCGACAGGGUGCGUCGGGAUAUGCGCCGCACUGACCAGGAAGACGGUUCACGCAGAAAUAUGUGCCGCCCUAUCUUUGAUAAGCAGUGGUUCCCUUUUCAUCAGUUUCAUAAUAGUAGUGACGAUGUUUCAUCGACUUACGGAUAAACACUGGGCCGGCAGUGGGGUAGAUUUUGCAGUUUUGACGGUUUCGAUUAUAAUUUUUAUAGUCGGGAUCACCACUGGUAUUAUACAGACGAUGGUGCAGUUUAGAAUCCUCAUGUGUUUUAGUAAAAAGAAGGUCGAUGUCACCACUGGCGAUAUAGACCACACGACUGCGCCAGUACUCCUUAUAAGCGACGACGAAAUGCAAUUGGCAAUAACACAGAAGGGUGAAGGGAACAAGGACUAACUACGUACACACCAACUGUAUACAAACGACCAGGCUAUACCGCCCGAAAUUCUAGUUCAUUGGUCAUAAUCUUUAAUUAUGCAGGGUAUGUUGAUUCGAACAGGGUACGUCGUUCGGCAAAACAGCGUUGGCAAUAAAAUGUGCACCUGUACAUCCCGUACAACAACAAACUGAGUGAUUGGAAUGAUCUUCUUGUCGGUGUAGGUUGGUGUGCUUAUGACACGCGUAUACGAUAUAUGACUCAAGCUCUGCGGACAAGCGUUACUGUACACACUGUAAAAAAACGUCAAAUGGUUUACCCUUUCGAAAUUUAGGGUGGACACGUCAACAGUCUUCGUCGCCGGUGUAUAGCCGAUAAAAAUAUGCCUGAAACAUGUACUGAAGCACCCUGCAUAACAAAGAAAGUAAUGGCCUCUUCUCCUUGGGUGUAUAGUCCGUUACGCUUGCACACUAUGAAAACAUUAGUUUACCGGCAUGGAAGUGUCAGCUCGUCGUACUGUUUUAUAAAAACUGUACGUCCAUGGUUUCCAAUGCCAGUUGUUACUGCCGAAGAGUGAGGAUCAGUUUCCACAUAAGCUUCCCAUGGGGGGGGGCUAUCACUUGUUUCUGAGUGUAUAUAUCUUGUAGUUUUGUGUGCAUUACAUGAUACUGUUGAAAACAGACUAAAAUUUGAUUAAAUACAUAUAAGCUUGUUUCUGAGUGUAUAUAUCUUGUAGUUUUGUGUGCAUUACAUGAUACUGUUGAAAACAGACUAAAAUUUGAUUAAAUACAUAUAAGCUUA